AUGAACGACGACCUCUCCGAAGGCCACAAUUCUUCGCCCGACGACGAUACGGCCAUCGAACUCGACGAAAUGAGACGAGAAGAUGAUGCGCUCGACGCCAAUCAGCCGUUGAUCGCAGAUAAUGGGGUCGGCGACGCCCAGAUAACGACACAAGCACGAAUGACUAUUCGAAAUGCUGGCCAUAUUAUUCGUUUCCUGACGCUGUCUGCUGGGAUAUCUGGACUACUAUUUGGCUUUGACACCGGAGUGAUCUCUUCGACUUUGGUGUCAAUAGGCUCCGACCUUUCCAACCGGCCGCUGACCACCGCUGACAAGAGCGUGAUCACGGCGAUUACUUCUCUGCUUGCUCUUUUCAGUGCGCCAAGUACUGGAUUUUUUGCCGAUAGAUAUGGGAGGAAGUCGGCCAUUCUCUGCCCUGCUCUUCUUUUCGCAGUGGGCGCCUUGGUCCAAGCCUUUUCAUUCGAGGUCUGGACAAUGACUUUAGGUCGUGCUUUGGUUGGAGCAGCAGUUGGGGUGGCAUCUGGAGCCGUGCCCAUGUAUAUCACAGAGCUCGCACCCGCUGAACUCCGCGGAAGGCUAGUGACAGUGCAGUCUCUCUUCAUCACCGGAGGACAAGUUGUUGCGUAUCUCAUUGGCUGGAUCUUCGCGGCUCAUCCUCACGGUUGGCGUUGGAUGGUCGGCGUUGGCGCCAUACCGGCAGUAUUGCAGCUCACACUUCUGAUAUGGAUGCCAGAAACUCCACGCUGGCUGUUGCAAACGGGAAAGGACGAGCGAGCACGUCAUGUGCUCCAUCACGUCUUCGCGACUUUGCAGCGAGAUGAUCGGGAUCGUGUCGUGCAACAUGUACUGUCCAGUAUACGCAACGAGAUGUUGGCAGAGGAUAAAGCACCACUCGGCGAAGCGGCCAGUGACGAUGGAACUGGACUCCGCGCCACAGCGAAGGAACUCUUCUCUGUGCCUGCUAACAAACGCGCGCUCAUCAUUGCUGCUGGCCUGCAAGGCUUGCAACAGCUCUGUGGCUUUAACUCACUCAUGUACUUCUCCGCGACCAUCUUCUCCUUCGUUGGUUUCACUUCACCUAUCGGAACUUCACUUUCCAUUGCAGCAACAAACUUCGUCUUUACUGUGGUAGCGUUUGCAUACAUCGAUUCCAUCGGCAGACGGAACAUCCUGCUUUGCUCGAUUCCUUUCAUGACUCUCGGACUGCUUGCUUGCUCGGUGUCCUUCCUGUUCAUACAUCCAAACAAGUCACAAACCUCGGAACUUGACGGCACACAAAAUAAUGGCGCAUGGUCCAUAGUGCUGCUUUGCAGCUUAGUGCUCUACGUUGCCGCCUAUGCUGUCGGGCUGGGUUGCGUUCCUUGGCAGCAAUCCGAGCUUUUCCCACUGCGCGUCCGAUCACUUGGGUCAGGUCUGGCAACCGCAACGAAUUGGGGCAGCAACACUGUCAUUGGAAUUACGUUCUUGCCGAUGAUGAGUAUACUUGGUGCAAGCACUACUUUCCUUCUGUAUGGUCUCAUCUGCCUGGGAGGUUGGUUCUGCAUCUUGUCCAUCUACCCAGAGACUGCUGGAUUAGAGCUCGAAGAAGUAGGCAGCAUGCUUAAGGACGGCUUCGGGGCUUCGGCAAAAGGCCGCGCUCAGCUCCAGCGAAGGUUCUAAUCACACUUGAAAUUCCAUGACAAUCAUUACACUGCACCGCUAUUCGGCGAGUGUUCGAACUUCAUAUGCAGCUGAGGAGACUUGCUCUCGGUGGAGUCGACUUUUUCUGGCUCUAAGCCGUCAAUUUGCCGCAUUCCGAAAGGCACGCUAUCAUCGUGGAACUUAGUGCCCAAUCCAAGACCAGGAGGUGGCGAGAUCUUGUUCACAAUCCAAUGGAGUACCAUCGUCGCAGGUACCCCGGCCAGGAAGUUCAGAUGAAAGAGCUUAACCCAGCCAUUGUAUGAGCUCUCGUCAGCGAGGCUCAUGAUGUACCCCGGCAUCAAAAAAGCCGUUCCGACCGCCCAAGAGACUGCUGCACGCCAAUUAAAUCCUGCGUGGUACCAGUAUAUGGAGGAAGAAUCUCCCUUGUAAAGGUCCUCAAGCACUAAUGUCCGGCUGCGAACGAUCAGGUACUCGGUCAGGAGAACACCUGUGAAAGGUGCCAGGAAGAUGCCGAAACCAGAUAUCACAGUGAGGAAAGUACUGGCAUUCG